ACCAGUGCACGGUACAUUUCAACUUGUCCUACUUUUAAACAUGUCAAAAGGUAUGUUAAAGUUUUAUAUACGUUUAUGAAUUUAUUCGGUUGUUUUAGGUUACAAUAUGUUAAAAAACCCUGACAAAAUGUCAAUAUAUUUAAUCUUCUCGCAUUUCCUGGGUUCUCCUAAUAUGCCAAACCUAUAGUCCCAUUGUGAAGAGCAUUUUAAUAACUCUACUGCAUGCUAUUCCUAUUAUCUCUUCCGUUUAAAUAUUACAAUGUCAUGUAAAGAUCAUGUUAGUGAGGAGAACAUGCAGCUCAGCGUGGAGCAACUACAACAGAUAGAGCAGAAUAGGCGCACCGCUCUGGAAAGGCUGGCUAUCCGAAAUGUUCCUGUACCUGUCGGUGAAAGCUGGCGGAGAGAAAUUGGGACAGAAUUUACUAAACCUUAUUUCACAAAGCUCAUGUCAUUUGUUACAAUAGAGAGGAAAUGCUUUACAGUCUAUCCCAGCCCUGAGCAGGUGUUCAUGUGGACAACUUUGUGUGCAAUUGAAGAUGUAAAAGUGGUUAUUCUCGGGCAAGACCCCUAUCACAACCUAGGUCAGGCCCAUGGUUUAGCCUUUAGUGUGCUGAAACCUAAAAUCCCUCCACCUAGUUUGGAAAACAUAUUUAUGGAGCUGACAGAAGAUAUUGUAGGCUUCCGCCGCCCGGGUCAUGGAGACCUCACAGAAUGGGCGAAACAGGGUGUUCUGCUACUGAAUUCUGUGUUGACAGUGAGGUCUCAUCAGCCCACGUCCCAUGAGGGUCAAGGCUGGGAACUCUUCACAGAUGCUGUGGUCCAGCGGCUCAGCAGCAGUCUCGACAGCCUGGUCUUUUUGCUGUGGGGCUCAUAUGCUCAGAGAAAAGGAAGAGUGAUUGACAGAAAACGUCAUCACAUCCUUGAGACUUCACAUCCAUCACCGUACUCGGCACAUUUGGGCUUCUUUGGAUGCAGACACUUCUCUAAAACAAAUAUGUUACUAAAAAAAUCGGGAAAAACACCAGUUGAUUGGACUGCCUUUUGAUAAAGCAUCCCUGUAUUACAGCAUUUUUACAGACUGACAAGGCUUUUUAUAAUACUAGUCAGUGCUCACGAACAUGAAAUAUUUUGUUUAACUCUGCAAAAUACCAGUAAAAAACUAAACUGAAAUAUUCCCGCAGCUGGGGUGCCAGAUUUUUUAUUUUAUUUUAUA